AUGGUGAUGCCCACACCAACGAUGUUCGCGUCGGUGUCGCUUUCACGCUCCCAAGCAGAACGACUCGAGUCGAUGAUGAAGCAACAGGUGCAGGACGCUGUCCUCGCCCGCACCGUUCAGCUCUCCAAGGACAACAACCUGGACUCUGAAUGGCGCUUCGUAAAUUCUCUCGGCCAGCUCAAGACGUUCAGGGUUCGUGGAACGGACUCGUUUUGCUCAACCUCUUCCUGGGCAACAACACUGAAUCGAAGCAACCGAGCCACCGCAUGCAACGUGAACGACCGUAUCAGCAGCAGUUGGCCGCACACCUGGGCCAUUCGCAGUCGAAGCAGCGUUCAAAGUCGUCACCGACGGCUAUCGUUCUCCCGUCGCACUGUUGGAGCCACGCUUGGACGUCGCGAUCCGCUUGACCCCCGGCCACCGCUACAGUCCUUCCGAACGUUCGGGCGCGUCCAAGGCAACUAUCGCGACAUUGUGGACGCGCACUACGCUUCUAACUCCGUCGACUUCGUGCGGCAACAAAGAUUACUGUCCCCUGUAGUGAUCGAUGGUGCUGUUUUACACACCAUCCGCGCGACGAAGGACAGUUAUCUGGGCAUCAAGUGGUUAGCUGAGAACUCAUUCACUGGCAAGCGCGAUGUUUGCUUCGUGGAGAUGGUGGGCUACACCACCAAUACAACCGGACAGGAGAUCGGGUUUGUGGCGAUGGCUUCGGUCGAUGUACCCGAAUGCCCAGAACUGACGGGAUCUAUGAAGCUAACGCGUGUGCGGAUGAAGCGCACGAUGCUCGUCGCACCGUCCGCGGACACCCCGAAGGGGACCUCCGAAGUCUUCGUUAUGGGGGCCAGUGAGACGAACGAAUCGUCAAUUAUUGCACACGCGCAGUACCGCUUUAACAUGGCUGUCCUCAACGAUAUCUCACUCGUGAUCGAUUCCCAGAACAUUGCAAAGCAGACACUGGCUCUACACAAGAAUUGGGUCCCCGAUGAGAACCGCCCUUCCUGCAGUAUCUGCAGUCGCAAGUUCCAUUUCAUGUAUCGGCGACGGCAUCACUGCCGACUUUGCGGCGACGUUGUCUGCAAGACUUGUUACGUUACCCGCGCCGUGCCUGGUGCGAACAUGGAAGAAGGAUACGGCUGCAAACCUGCGGAUAACACGGUGAUUUGUCAGACCAAGUUCUGUGUGCGCUGCGUUAUGGGCCUCCGCGCAAUGGACAAGCGGCUGAACAAGUUCUCUCAGCAGAUAUCCAAGAUGCUGUCGCUUAAUGUUGAGAGUUUGAACAUGUCAAGAAGCAAUGUGGAUAACCAGUCGCCCGGGUCGAACGUGCGCGACUCCUUCGUCACAUACUAUAAGCGCGGCUCCAAGCAAAAGCAUACUCUGGAUUUGGACCAACUCUACAAGAUGUCCGCCUGGCAGAACAAUGCCCCCGAGAUUGAUGACGACAUCGAGACAAGUAGCACCAAGGCAGGCUAUUUGGUUUCGUUUGGCUCUGGUGGUUCCAAGUACUUCCGACCUUCGCUGUCGAUGGAUCCGUUGCAUUCCAACUCUUGUGGUAAACUCUCAAGGUUGAGCCGCCACAGUUCUGCGGCAAGUCUCGGUGGCGAACCGGUUGUUUUCGAGGAGAAGGUGGUACUCAACAUGAAUAAGCUCAGCCGGAUCGUCGCAAUUUAACUAAAGGAGCAAAUAGUCGCUAGCCGAAAGAGGGCAGGAACCGCGAAGAGAUUAUGAUCGAGUGAAUCGGUGAUUUGCUAUCCUCAGCGAUUGAAGCAGAAGUAGGCGCAAUACGCAGCACGUCGAU